AUGAACAACAGCAACAAUAAUAAUAUAAAUCAUCAUCACAAUGAUGAUGAUGAUGAUAUAGUUGUUGUAUAUUCAAUAGAACAUCAACAACAAGAAAAAGAAGAAGAAGAAGAAGAAGAAGAAGAAGAACAAGAAAAGGGAGAAAGGAUAAAUUUAUUAAAAGAACGACAAGAAGAAGAAGAAACCAAUUCAAUAGUUAAAGAUACAUUGUUAUCAUUUAAAUCAUUUAUAUUGUAUUGUAGCUUUUCAUUUCUAUUUUCAUUUGACCCUUCAGAACCGUAUAUUGUCGAGUACCUCACAAAUGUACUUCAUGUCAAUAGUACUGUCGUCUAUGAAACCAUUUAUCCCUAUUGGACAUACUCUUAUUUCAUAUUCCUAUUGGUAUUUGGUUUUCUUGGUGAAAUGAUUGGUUACAAGUCAAUUAUAAUAAUAGGAAUGAUAGGAAAGGUGAUAGCAUCUACAAUACUUUUAAUUGGUACACAGAGUAUUGGAUUAUUAAUAGUAGAUCAAGUGGCAGAUGGAAUGGCAUUUGCAGCCUAUAUUUUUGGAUCCAAAGGACUACCAGACGAUGGCAUGUCGAGUCAAUGUUGGCUAUUUGGUUGGAGUGUUGAAUAUGUUCCAUUGAUUGCUCUGGUCACCGUUGGAUCCAUCACCAAUGUCAUUGCAUUGAUCGUUGCCAUCUGUUUUACCAAUCAUCGAUCCGAACAAUUAUUCUCAUUCCGGGAACUUUGUGGUCAAGUAUUAUCUGCCUAUAAACAAACUGAUAUCAUUAGAUGGUAUAUUUGGAGUGGUGUUGCUAUUUCAAUUCAUCAAAUUGUCUUAACUUGUAAGAUUAUAGAAAAUAGAAAAUGGAAAAUAGAAACACAAUCAAAUCAGCAUCAAGCAAAUUGGCAAAGUUUAUUUUUACAAACAAAUAAUGAAGAAAAAUGGAAUGGUUAUAUAUCAUCAAGUGCCUAUUUCUUUGCUUCAUUUGUUGCCAUUAUUCCUGCUAGACUUGGAAAUAAUAAUAUUAAUAAUAUUAAAAAUGUAAUAUUAAUUGGAUUUGGAUUGAUUGGAGGAUUAUUUUUAAUUUUAAUGGGAAUUGGUGAAAGUAUAAUUAUUAGUGCAAUUAGUUUUGUAGUUUAUAAUUGUUGUUUUGAAUUUAUGUCUCCAAUUGUAAAUGUUCAAAUUGCUAAAAGAUUAAAUACAAGAAUUGGAAUAUUAUUUUCUUUUAAUAUUAUGAUUGCAUUGGCAAUUCAAGUGAUUAUUCAAUUAUCAGUUGGCGAAAGAAUGUUAAAUUUGGAUAUUAAAAGUCAAUUUUUCUAUUUUGGUAGUUGUCUAUUUGUUCUAUCACUUGGAUUUGCCAUCCUUUUUACUUUUCUAUAUUUUCAUAGUAAAUAUAAAUCAGAACGUCAUCAUAAUCAUCAUCAUCAUCAUCAUCAUCGUCAUAGUAAUAAUAUAAUAGAUACAACAACAAUCAAUGUCGGCAACUCUACCGACACUAAUAUAAUGAUCGAUCAUCACCAUCAUAACCAAGAACGUCAAAAAUUAUUAAGUUAA